AUGCAUGAGCUGAUCCCCUUUGCCAAAGAAAUGCUCAGCCAGAAGCCCAACAGGAAAAUGGUCAAGCUGUAUAUGCUGGGCAGCGUGCUGGCUUUCUUUGGUGUGGUUAUUGGUCUGGUGGAGACAGUGUGCAGUCCUUUCACCUCUGAAGAGAGGCUAGAGGAGGAGGAGGAGGAGGAGAAGAAGGCUGCCCCAACACAAGAGCAAGUGAAACAGAAACAGGAGAAUUUGAUCUUGGAAAAGAGCAAGAAACCAGCAGUGAUGCAAAGGAGCCUGGUGACCAGACAGCAUGCCUCCUAG